AAAGGACAAUGGCCUCUAGGGAGCUUUUAUGCUUUCUUUUCGUCUGUUUCUUUGCUUUGGGAAGUGCUACCUACUGCAACGACGACAGUGAUUGUUCCUACCCUCAGUCCUGUUGUACAGAUAAAAUCUGCAGACAGCGUUGUUAUGGCUGUUCGUACGACUACCAAUGUGGAUCGAACGAGCAGUGCUGUAAUAGCGAUUGUUCCCUCAGUGAGUCUUGUUGUUCAGAUAAAGUCUGUAGACAGAGAUGUUUCCACUGUUCGUACGACUACCAGUGUGGAACGAAAGAACAAUGCUGUGAUAACAAAUGCAUCAGUAGUUUCUCAAGUUGUUCCUGUUCGCACGACUCCCAAUGUAACACUGGCGAGCAAUGCUGUAAUAGCAAAUGCAUCAGUAGUUCGUUUUCUUGUUCCUGCACGUAUGACUACCAUUGUGACAUUGGAGAGGUUUGUUGUGGGGGAGUUUGUUCCUCACACUGUGGUUGGAGCGGUGGAGCUAUUGCAGGCGCCAUAAUCGGCACAAUUAUCUUCUUCGCCAUCAUCAUUUCCAUCGUAUCCUGCUGCUACUGUGCUUGUUGCCCGUACUACCGCUAUCGUACACCCGAUAAUGUGGUCGUCACCGACCAACAACCACGACAAGAAAUAGUCGCAACUCACACCCACGAGACGGCGCUACGAGUAGAUCUUCCUCCGUUGAUGUACUCCGAACAGCCUCCUCCAGCUGGUUACAACCCGCCUCCUCAAGGCUUUAAUCAGCCUCCUCCGCCUUACUCGAGCUAUCCACCGCCACCAAACCAAUAUCCUCCACCGCCGGGACAAGCUCAAGCGGCGCCGAUACUGGCUGCAAUAAACUCUGGACAACCGAACAAGUUCUACGAAAAGUAACCACCCAACAGAACUGUUUCGGUGAAAUAAAUAUCUUUCGGUUUAAUUUCCACUUACAUAAACGUAAACGUAGUCAAGUUACUGAAUGUUAUGUUAGAAUUUUUUUUUAAGGGACAGUUUCAACAUUUUAAGGAGUACAUAAGUAUAGGAUGACCUGUACGCCGUACGUAUGCAAAUUUAAUCUUCCAUUUUGCUUUCGUCACACAAGGAAAAACAAAAAGUAGACACAGUUUCCUUGUGGAAAGGAGUUUUGUCGGAGAAAGGUGAGUCGGGCCAUUCGCAUCACUUUCCCAGAUUGAAUAUUGUAUUCUGAGAAAUGUAAUUGCCAUAUUGAACCAAUCUGACUGUAUUUAACCCAGUCUAUGCUUCCAUCGACAGUUCAUAAUCUAUUUCCCCCUAUGACAUUUUCAAAAUGGCAAAUGUCGAUCGUGUCGUAUAACAGUCAAUCUCAGGCUAUUGUUACAAUAUUUGAGCUGCUACCUUUGUAUAGUAUUCUACUUUUUGCUCAUCGAAUCUUCAGCAGAUCUUUCGACCGACAGCAUAUGCUAUGUCGAUGUUGAGCAUUAUUUAGCUUUGCGUGUUGUAGCAAUGUUUUUUGAAUAAUAAAUUGUUGUUAAUCAGCUGCCGUGUGUAAGGUUCAGUUUGAUAUGCAGG